AUGGCGCAGCCGACGCAGUACUGCUGGGUUGACUUUAACAAGGCGUUUGAGCUCGCGCAUACGGCGGCUCGUCAGCAGCGCUGCCUCGCUCAGUACGAUGCCAACGGCGCCGUGUACCUCGAGUCUGUCUUGCGCAACACGGACCGUCAUGCUUUUGCGGCCGCGUACCAUACUCCUGGUAGUAACUACGAAAUUGCGAUUCUGCGUGGUCUGGAAGGGACGGUCGCGGGCGUUGAAUGGCUUGAUGCCAUCGCAUCGGUUGCGACCAGUGUCGACGAAGAAGUGGCAUAUUGGCAGCGCCAUGGCAUUGGCGCGUUUCGCUACCAGUGGCACAACCUCUUUCUGCCGGGUCUUGUCGAGACAGUGACGCUCCGCAAUGUGUUUGGUCUGGAGACGAGUGUCAUCUUGAAAAGCACCGUCGAGAGCCAGGGCCCUUGGACAACCGUCGUCUUUAGCCCUCCCUUUGUCCUGGAUCUGCUAUUUGCCGGCCACUGCAACGCGAGUCUUAUUCGUGGUACACCGGACGAUAUCCUCAAUACAUGGUGCGAUGGCCAAUCCCCGAGGCCGUUCGAAUCCUUUAUUGGUCUCAGCCCGUACGAGCGCCACAUCGGUGUCGUUCGUGAUACGCUGGGACCGUUUCUAGCGAUCGAUCUGUACAUCGUGCCGGUGCUGUCGCCCGUCGGCGCUUUGGCAACCGACCUUAUCUCUGCGUUUCACGACACCUUGAAUGCAUCGUCCGCAGCUUUGUACUCGGCACUUGACGGUGCUUUGGUGGUGACGCCCGUGCCGCCUGCGUGGCCAAGUAACCUCUUGGUUUAUGGCGGCAGCCCUUUCUGCACGUAUCUCGAGCCUCAAACGUAUGUGCAGGCGCCGUUCACAUCGACCGACGACUGCACCCGAUCGUCGCAGUGGACCGUCCGCAUACCGCGGCGCUCUUUGGUUCUUGCUCUGGCACUGGUCAACGACUCGAUUGACGUUAUUUGUGCACAGCAGUCUCUUACUAGUACAAUCUGUGCCAAGACGCUGCUUGCUGCAAAAGAGCUCGCUCCUCGAGGCCACCGUGACUCGACUCUGCUGCAGAACGCAACAGCGGCGGUCGCCGCGCUCAAUAUUAGCGUCAUGCAGUUUGCGUCGGAUGUGAGCCAAGCCAACUACUCGUUGCUACUGCAGCCGCUACUGCAGCCACCAUUUGCAUUCUACGGCUGGAUCCUCCUCUUGGACUGGAUAGCAGGUAUCCGUGAAGUGAUAUCGCUACAAGGCGACAAUGGAACACUUGUCUUGAUCUCGGACGCCUACGACACAACGUCGACAACGCCCACCAGUGCGGUGAUCGGAAGCUCCACUCUUGGUCUCUACUACUUGGUGGCGUACUCGGUCGUUGCGCUCGGCGCAGUUGCUCUUGCGACGCUUGUCGUCUCGACCGUCUCGCAUCACGACGUCACGGGCACCAACUUUUUUGUCUUCAAUCGCGUCGCGGGCUCGACGUGGCUCGGGCGUCCGCUGCUUUUACUACGCGGAGGCAGUGCCAUCCUACUGCUGAGCUCGGCACCAAUCAGCCUCACGCAGCCGUAUGGCGUGUUUGUCCAGCUCGCGCUGCCUCGGCACUCAAUCUGGGAGACGUCCAUCAUGGCGUGGGAGGCGACGUGGGUCAGCUACGUUCUCCACGAAGUGGUUUUACCUCUACGAUACCAGAAUGCUUGCUUUUUGGCGAUCCUUGGCACCGCUUUGGCAUGGCUGUGCACCGUCAUUAUCGACGUCGCUUGGCCGUUGACUGUGACAACGAGUGUCGACCGAGAGUGUUCUAUCGCGGAAGCGUACUACACGAUGCUCUGCGCGAGCGCUGUGGUGCAGACCGGCCAUCGUCAGCGACUGCUGCUGUUGAGCGCAGUGCAGUGUCUCGGACUUCCGUGCCUUUGGCUUUUCAAUUGGGCGAAGUGCAAGAACCGUCAAUCGCCCUCCUUAAAAGAUGCCAGACUGCCGUUCGUGGGCCAGGUCUUCCUUGCCUCGCGCCAUGACGCUGCAGCGCAACUCGCCUCGGGUCUUAUCCCGCUUGGACCGUGGCUCUUCCUUGAUUUGAAGCUCUGGCGACUACUCAUUACCUCACCGUCGGUCGCAAUCAUUGGACCAUUCGAACCACACGCGGCCGUCUAUAGAGACAAUCGUUGGGUCCCACGGGUCUGGGUUGUCGUCGGCACGAUGUAUGUGGCUGCAGCAAUCUACAGCAGUGUCUCGUACCUCGGACUCGCCCAAGGGCUCUUGACAAACGACUUGGUCUGGCCCGCCUUCAACAUGACGGGGUCGCACAGCUUUCUCGCCAACUGGUUCAACGAGCCGGCGCAUGUACUGGGUGCAGACAGCUCGGCGAUAGCACUCACCAACCACCAGCAAAUCAACGCUCUUGGGCUGUUCAACCUUACUCAACCCUAA